UGUCAAGUGUGUCUUUCUCCCUAAAGCCCUAAUCUACUUCAAAACAUAACUCUUCAUAUCUCCGCCUUCUCCCCUUAUCCUCAGCACCAUCUCAACCAACUUUCUCAAACCUAUUCUUUCUCUCUCCUCUCCCUUCUUUCACAAUCUGCAAAACCAUGGCUUCAGCCAAUGCUAUUUCUACCACUUCCAUUCUUCCUUCACCUAGAAAGGGAAGCUUGAGAAAUGCAAUUCCUCAACGAGCGCAGAAGGUGCACUAUAAGCCAUCGAGCAGGCGGUUUGUUGUUAGAGCCAAUGCAAAGGAUAUUGCCUUUGACCAGAAUUCCAGGGCAGCACUUCAGGCUGGCAUUGAUAAACUUGCUGAUGCCGUUGGACUUACUCUUGGUCCCAGAGGGAGAAAUGUUGUCUUGGAUGAAUUCGGAAGCCCAAAGGUAGUCAAUGAUGGAGUUACUAUUGCUCGAGCAAUUGAGCUUGCCGAUCCUAUGGAGAAUGCUGGUGCUGCUUUGAUUAGGGAGGUUGCUAGUAAAACAAAUGACUCUGCUGGAGAUGGAACAACAACUGCUUCAGUUCUUGCACGUGAGAUUAUCAGACAAGGUUUGCUGAGCGUUACUUCUGGUGCUAACCCUGUGUCUUUGAAAAGAGGAAUUGAUAAAACAAUUCUAGGAUUGAUAGAGGAACUUGAAAAGAAAGCCAGGCCGGUCAAUGGCCGUGAGGACAUCAAAGCCAUUGCUACAAUUUCUGCUGGCAAUGAUGAAUUAAUCGGCACCAUGAUUGCUGAUGCAAUUGACAAAGUCGGUCCAGAUGGUGUUUUAUCCAUCGAGUCAUCGUCUUCCUUUGAGACAACUGUUGAGGUUGAAGAAGGGAUGGAGAUUGAUAGAGGUUACAUAUCUCCACAAUUUGUUACCAAUCCUGAAAAAUCCGUUGUCGAAUUUGAAAAUGCAAGAGUAUUGGUAACUGACCAGAAGAUUACUGCGAUAAAGGACAUUAUACCAUUAUUGGAAAAGACCACACAAAUGAGAGCACCUUUGCUUAUUAUUGCUGAGGAUGUCACUGGAGAAGCGUUGGCCACUCUUGUUGUAAACAAACUGAGGGGUAUUAUAAAUGUCGCUGCCAUCAAGGCUCCAGGUUUUGGUGAAAGAAGAAAGGCUAUGCUUCAAGAUAUUGCUAUCUUGACAGGUGCGGAAUUCCAGGCAAAUGAUCUGGGAUUGUUAGUUGAGAGUACAUCUGUCGAGCAACUUGGUUUGGCAAGGAAGGUGACAAUUUCCAAAGAUUCCACGACGCUCAUUGCCGAUGCCGCGUCUAAAGAUGAGCUUCAGGCUAGAAUUGCACAACUCAAGAAAGAGUUGUUUGAGACUGAUUCUGUUUAUGAUUCUGAGAAGCUUGCUGAGAGAAUCGCAAAACUGUCUGGAGGUGUUGCUGUUAUUAAGGUUGGUGCAGCCACAGAGACAGAGCUCGAGGACCGUAAAUUGCGGAUUGAGGAUGCAAAGAAUGCUACUUUUGCUGCCAUAGAGGAAGGCAUUGUCCCUGGUGGUGGUGCUGCUCUUGUUCAUCUCUCAACUUUUGUACCUUCGAUCAAGGAAAAGCUUGAGGAUGCUGAUGAACGUUUGGGUGCUGACAUUGUGCAGAAGGCACUUGUAUCACCAGCGUCUUUGAUUGCCUACAAUGCUGGGGUUGAAGGUGAGGUGGUUGUAGAGAAAGUGAUGGCAAGAGAGUGGGAGAUUGGUUACAAUGCAAUGACAGACAAGUAUGAGAACUUGGUGGAGUCUGGAGUAAUCGACCCAGCUAAGGUGACCAGAUGUGCUCUACAGAAUGCUGCCUCUGUUGCAGGAAUGGUCUUAACUACUCAGGCUAUCGUCGUGGAGAAACCAAAGUCUAAAGCUGCUGCUGCUGCUGCACGUGAACCAGGUUUAACCAUUUAAGUUUAGUGCAGUUUGUAGAUUAUGAAAGGUAGGCUUCAAUAAUCGCAUGGAUUGUUUUGGUAGUGAAUUGUAUCAAAGUUUUGUAUUGAGGAGAAUCAUUGAUCGAAAGGGCAAUUAGUCAUUUGAUUACGAAAGAGUGUCUCACAAUUAGUGAUGUGUCUCGACAGUGUCUCACUAUUAGUAGUGAAUAUAGUGAUUGAUAAUGAAAGCAUCUCUCAAAUGAAAACGUAUUAGCACGGAUUACUCUA